AUGAAGAGACUGCAACUCCAAAGAUGGAGCAGUUCAGUCCUUUCGCCGCGGGCUCGGACUGUUAACCGUCUGCACCAACACAUCUACGGGCAACGGACUCCCACACCCGCCACUCGCAGCUCCAAUAUCCCUCUCCCCCCAGUCGAAGCAGCUCGACAAUCUGCAAAACUUGCCGCUCUCCACGCUCGACUCUACCUACCCUCCAGAUUACCUAUCGAGACACUUGCACGGACACUAGUCGAUACAUCAGCAGAUCCGAACCCGAAUUUCAACAAUGCCUCGCUGGCCACACUCGGUCACGACCUCCUUUCCUACUACGCAACCGAGCACCUUAUUUGCACCUACCCUCGCCUGCCCUUGACCGUGAUCUUUGCCGCGAUGUAUGCAUACGUUGGGCCUAAGACCCUUGCUGCGAUGGCACGAGAAUGGGGUGUUGACCUGGCUGCGUUGCCCGGUGGAGAGGUCGAUCCCGGUCUGUUGCAGUUCCAGAGGCUCGAGCCUGGCACCGAGCUUCCCUCAGGCCCGACCCACCCGACAGCACGCCCAUAUGAAGCGCAGAAGAACUGGAGGAAAACGGUCACUUCUAAGAUUUUCUAUGAUGAUGAAUUCGAGCAAGCGAGCGCUGAGUUCGUCCGAGCUGUUAUGGGCGCCAUCUACCUGCACGCUGGCCGCGCCGCUGCCAAGCGAUUCUUCGAGCAACACUUCCUUUCACGACACCUCAACAUCUCAGAAUUGUUCAACUUCCAGGCGCCAGCCCGUGACCUGACACGGUUGUGCGCUCGCGAGAGCUUCGAGCGUCCAGUCGCUAAGGUCAUUAGUGAGACAGGUCGUAAGAGCAGACACCCCGUCUUUGUGGUCGGUAUCUUCUCUGGCCAGGACAAACUUGGGGAGGGCGCUGGCGCCAGUCUGAUGGAGGCCCGCGAGCGUGCUGCUGUUGCUGCGCUCAAGGGUUGGUACCUCUACAGCCCGCUUUCCGUGCGCGUCCCCAGUUCAAUGGAGGAGCCAUCCGCUUUGCCGUGGAAGCCGGUCCACGUUGACCUGGGCGAGGUCAUUGUUUAA